UUCGGGUGUACUAACAAAUCGAAUUCCUAGUCAUAUUUUAUUUCGCCUAUAAAUAAGUUACGAGGAAUUACGCAGUCAAACGCAGUCGUUUAAAACUUCAAACUCGGAAGUUCACAGUCUCAGAUUACCGUACCCGACGAAAAUCAUUCACCGGAAUUCCUCAUUCAGAAAAUGGCUUUAGGUGGAGGAGGUCCCCAAAGAGGAAGUGCAGCAGCUACCGCAAGCAUGAGGAGAAGGAAAACAGCAGGUGGUGGGGCAUCUGGCGGAGCAGCUGGAACUAUGCUUCAAUUUUACACUGAUGAUGCCCCUGGACUCAAAAUCUCCCCUAAUGUGGUUCUUGUAAUGAGCAUUGGCUUUAUUGCUUUUGUUGCUGUCCUUCAUGUGAUGGGAAAGCUUUAUUUUGUUCGCAGGGAGGCUUAAGGGAUAUAAGUCAAGAAGUUGGGUUUAUAACACUUACUCUGUUAAUGAACUUAGAUUUCUGUUGCUAGACCCACAUAACCCCUUGUGAUGUUAUAUUUCUUUUUGUUCUUUUGGUACAAUCUGUUAUUAUUUUUAUGUUUAACAAGUGAUAGAUGUUAGCUUUUUUAUAUAUUGUUCCUAGAAGUAUUAUAAGAUAACACAUAACUGUUACUUCUCUUUGUUUCUGCGCUUGUUGAAACAUGUUUUAAUUUCUUAGUCAGUUCCUAAUAA